AAUAGCUCACGUGACGCGUGGAAUGUGGUUCUAACAAAAUGGCAGAACAUGCGAAUAAAGAUCUGCUGUAUGCUACAGAGAAUGGCUCACUUGAAGGCGUUAAAGCGGCAUUAGAAGCUGCUCAUCUGUACUAAAUCACGGAUCAUCAAACGCAGGUGCAGACAUUGACUACGAAGAGCCGGCCAGCAAUGCCACACUCAUUGGCACAGCGCUGUUCAUAGCUUGUGACCUUGGGCAUGUGGACAUUGUGAGGCUACUGCUCCGCAAGGGGGCGUCUUUGGUGAAGAGAACGUUUAGUGCGUUCACCCCCCUCCAUGGAGCAGCGUACGAAGGGAGGACAGAAAUAGUGGACUUACUGGUGCAGCAUGGUGCAACAGUAGACGUACUGGACUGGUACCAGAACACACCACUCAUGACCGCUUGUGUCAACAACCAUGUCGACACGGUUCGGCGACUGAUUGAGCUUGGAGCAAGGCCUGAUUUGGACGACGGCCAUAUAGCACAGAUCUUAAGGGUAGAAGUCGCCGAAAAUCGUUGUUCUGUGGAAGAGAGUUAUAACCUGAUAGAAGAGGCGAAGAAGACCAAGCUGUUGAGAUGCUGCAACCCGAAGUGUGGCAAACCAGGCUACAGGAAAACCCUAAAGCUGUGUGGCCGGUGCAAGCUGACCCGCUACUGCAGCCGUGACUGUCAGAAACAACACUGGACUGUCGGACACAAGAAGUGCUGUGGGCAUGACGUGUACUCUUAUGAAGAAACUGACCCGUUCGAAAGGAUGGUUAUGUCGUUGACAAAACUCGCCCUUGAAGAGGAAUAACAAACAUGACUCUACUCAUUUUUUAAAACUUUUUUGACAUGUUUUUAAGUUAACGACGGCAGAAAUUGACUUGUCAUUCCGUACGAAGAAUUAGUGAAAAUUACAGAAAUAUCAAAUGUACUACAAAUUAAAUGACAUGCUGUCAAACUUUAAGGCUAAGAUACUGUUUGAUUGACCUUUUUUGGGCUAUCUUAGAAGAAAAAAGUAAGCAAACAGGUUGUAAUUGUCUAUGUAGGGUGACGGCUUAUUAUAAAUUAAACUUCACAUGCACAUGAUAAUACUUACUUUGUAGUGCUGAACAUCCAUUCAUUUUGUAUUUAUAGGUGUGAAUCACAUGAAGAAUUAUAAAGAAAGAAGAUGUAACGGGCGCUGGUGAUAUUAUUGGUAUCAUCUAUUUCCUCACUAAUUUGAAAUAGAAAAAUCGUCAAGAAUCGGAAUCAGUUUUACAAACGGCGUAAUAAAGUCAUUUUAUGCAGUUGCA